AUGGCCGAACCCACCGACACGUCGCGAGACACCACCGCCCCCGUCCGCGAAGACCCCUCGCGCGCGAAUCCGCCUAAGUCCCCGCCGACGCAUUCGCCGCACCCGCUCCAGGCCGCCGCCGUCAUCACGUCCCUUGAAUCCCGCCUCGCAGAAUCGGAAGCCCUGCGCCGCGACUCGGAGACACGCAUCCGCAAAUUGGAGCAGAUGGUGGAACAAUUGAUGAGAGAAUCCACCGCACCUGCUGGGGCGCAGGUCGGGGAGGCUCUGCCGGUGAGACCGGUCCCCCUGGACGUCCCCCCGCACACAUUUUUGGGACGCCCGGGAGCUGCCGCUGACCCCUUGCUCGUACCCCUGGGGGGGAAUCUCACAGCGGAAUUAGGGACGGCCCUUCCUCGGCGGUGAUUAGCUCUCGUUGGAGAGGGACAUUGCCGGACCGGGAAGGGUUAUGGACCGGAGAUCAUCCGGAAAGGUUGGUGAUUUUCACUGCGUUUGGGGAGUCGUAUCUUUCUCUCUUGUGCGACAUCUCCACCUCCGACCUUUUCGACACGAGCCGAGUGAUCCAGCUUGUGGCGACGCUAUUUUUUCGUACGACAACCCGACAGCGCCGCCAAUCCCCGCUCGAUUGGGCCGUCGAGGCGAUGAGGGACGCGCUUGGAGAAGGGCGCCCUCAUUGUUGGACGUCGCUCAUGAAGGCAGUGGGACGUCGUUGGCCCGACCCGGGUUCGCCGAUAGAGUGGCUCAAGACUUCCACGGAUGUCGCCAGUCGUCGUCUCGGGCUUACGACCAUGUCGGGGAGUGGCGGGCGCGGUACCGUGCCUUCGUGCACGACAACGAUAGUUUCACCCUGUCGCCGCUUCAGCUCGCCACGACCUUCUACCAAUCGCUCAGUGACUCCUCCAAGCGGAAGUGCGGGCGGGAAUGUUACGUGAAUACCACGACAACUCGCUGGUGACAAUUGGGCGAUUCGGACUGAAGGUCCCGUCCAUCGACGAGAUUACCGAGUGGGCCGCUAUCGCCGACGACAUUUCUCCUCCGCCUUCGGUUCCGACCCCACCAAGCCGCACGCGACCUAUGGCGCGAUCGUCAAAGCUCCCCGAGUGAGCCCACCUGCGACCAACACGCCCACCGUCGACGAGAGGUUCCCGAUCCGACGAGCUCGAUGGGUCGACCGCGCUACUAAGUGGCAGCAAUCGCACUUGUGGAAGGACCGCUCCACCUGGUUUUCCCCGGCGCCCAGCGGGGUACCCACCAGCAUGGCUUGCUUCAACUGCGGACGAGGCGGUCAUUUCUCGCAGCACUGCACCGCGGAGCGUCAAUCCCCGGUCGCCGUCCAACUCUCAGCGGUCGCUGUGGCCGACUUGGAUGACGAAGAUUGGUCCUCGGUCGCAGGUGGUGACGAGGAUCCCGAGGUGAGAGUCCCCAUUUCACUCGAGCGUGUUCAGACUCGACCUUUGAGUUCCGUUUCCGGCUUCAAUGACGCGCCCUUCUUGCCCUCCCGCAGACCCCGUUGGCCGAAUGAAAGAAGGGGCUUCUUCUUCAUCGACGUCGAAGUCUCAUCAAGUAAUCCGCAGCCAACCGCGCCGGCAAGUGAUGCAGAUCUACGUCGUCUUGCCGAUGACUCGACCGACUCUGCGUUUGACGCGGUGGAAGACGUCCCCUCUUAUGCUGAUGCCGCGUCGCGAAUGCGGCGAUACUGGGGGCCGGAGGUGGUGUCGUCGCGCAAAGCGGAGAGGACUGCAUCGGUGAGCUCUGUUCGUGUCCGGUGCCGUUGGGGGUUUUCUCUCUUGGAGUCCGACACGCCCCUGAUCGACGUCGACGACUUCGCCCGACCCGCCGAGCCCGCGAUUGUUGCGCGCCCGCAAUAUUAUUGCGUGGACGUUGCCGUCUGGGCGAACGCUGCGUUGCCUCGUCGACUCUGGUUCGGAAGUGGACUUGGUGGAUCAGGAUGUCGUGCGAACAGACCCGAGUUUCACGACGUCCCGCCUUACCGCGCCGCUGCACUUGCGCCUCGGCACUCGCGACAAAUCUGACCGCUGCGCCGUGUUUGCCAACGCCCUCUUCACGUCCGGUUCCCUCGACCUCGGCUUGCGGGCGUUUUUCAUUUGCCGUGUGACGGGCAUAUGAUGCUAUCCUGGGUUUGCCGUUCUGAAGGACACCGGCAUGCUGGUAGGCUGGGCGUCUUCCACCGUCGCACGGCGGGCCCUUCGCAGCCGGUCGCCAAGGGGCACUCACGAGUGGGAUCGCGCAGUCACGGUGGCGCCCAUCUGCUCCGGCUCUGCCAUUGGCUACGAUCACCCAGGGUUGCUUCCUGACGACGAGAUCAUUGGCCUCGAGCCGCACAACCCUCUACUGGAUGUCGUCGACGACCCGGGCGCUCGAGGAUUUGUCUGAGUCCGAAGCACGAACACGAUUGGCUGCCUUACUCGAGAAAUACUCUGAUGUGUUCGUAGAUUCGCUCCCAAUGGACCGACUCCCGCCUUAUCGACCCGUCAAUCACGAAAUCCCUUUGAUCGACCCCAACGAGAAGGUCAAGCGAGGGUCUAUCCCUUGCCGACAAAUAUCGUAGCCAGUGGGCGGAGCAUUCAGCUAAGUACACUCGCGGUCGCUUCUGGGUUUCUGGUCCGAUCGACUCUGCGGCUCCGGUCUUCGCCAUUCCGAAAAAGAACUCCCAGACCGCUCGCUUUGUGAUCGACCUCCGCGCUCGCAACAGCAACACCGCCAAGCGUUUUUCACCUAUCCCCGACAUGACCAGUGUUCGCUACGAAGUGGCACGUUCGCGCUACCGGUCCAAAUUCGACGUGGCCGCAGCGUUUGAGCAGGUGCGGGUCAUACCGAGCACGUCGAUCGCACCGGCUUCGCCACGGUCACGGGCACGUACACGUCGCGGGUGAUGCAGUUUGGGACACCAAUGCGCCCAACACCCUGAACUUGUUGACAUCGGCGAUGUUUCAGCCGUGCCUCUCGUUUGCCAAGAUCUUUUUCGACGAUGUUCACGUCCAUUCCGAUACUCGUCGCGCGCACUUAAGACACAUCGAGAUUUUGCUGAUGACACUGCGACAUUAUCGGUUCUACUUAGGAUCCAACAAAUCCGAGUGGUUCUCAAAGUCGUUAGAUUCCUUGGGCGCGAUCAUCUCCGACGACGGCAUCGAGGUCGACCCGGCCAAGUGGGAGCGUAUCCGACAGUGGCCGACUCCACACAACAAGACCGACGUUCAGCGUUUCCUCGGCACCGUGAAUUGGAUGCGAGAUCACCUGCCCCACCUCUCGAUCACCUUGGAGCCCAUCACCGCAUUAUUAGCGCAAUCGACGUCGUGGCGUUGGAACGAGCGCGAGCAGCAGGCCUUCGACACCGUCAAGUCCCUCGUGCCAGCAACACUGCGACCGAUCGACGGCGCUAAGGUCACCUCCGGCGAGCACAAAAUCUACUUGUUCACCGAUGCCAGUCGUGUUGGCAUUGGCGCUUGCCUGGCCUCGGGCCCCACUCGUUCGCAGGCCAUUCCUACGCGAUUCUUCUCCGCUAAGUUCAAUGGCGCUCAGCUCAAUUAUCACGUCACUGAUAAGGAGUUCUUAGCCGUCGUUUCGGCGUGUCGGGCGUUCGAGCAGCACUUGAUCGGUUACCCCUUCGUCAUCGUCACCGACCACCAAGCCCUUCGCACGAUUAAAACGCAGAAGUUACGCCAAACACCCCGGCACAUCCGCAUGUGUCUCGAACUCAGCCGUUUCGACUUCGAAUUCGAAUUCAUUGCGGGCAAGAACAACUCCCUUGCCGAUUCGUUGUCACGCUUGUGGAAGUCAAGGGGGAUCGCCCUGUGA